UGAGUCUCCCUGGACGUCUCUGACCAGGAAGGGUCUUGUCAGGGUGGUGUUGUUCCCCUUCUUCUUCAGAUGGUGGAUCCAGGUCACCUCCAGAGCCAUCUUCCUCCUCCUCCUCCUCCUCUACCUGCUUCAAGUGGCUGCUGCAGCGUUAUUCUUCACCAUUCCCCAGCCCCACAGUAUCCCGACCACAGAGGUGUUUGGGGCGAUAUGGCUGAUGCUGUUACUGGGGACAGUGCACUGCCAGAUCGUCUCCACACGCACCCCCAAACCCACCAGCAGCAGCAGCUCUGGCAAGAGAAGAAGGCGUCUAAGGAAGGCCGCUCACUUGGAUGUACAUAGGGAAGGAGAUGGCUCUAGCACCACUGAUAACACCCGGGAGGGCGGCCCACACUGCCACGGUGCCGCCACCGGCUCACCGUACAGCCUGUGCAUCGCUCUCUUCAGAGAUUUCUGGCAUGAUCUCUGUAAAGCGCGGUCGAAGAAGUCCAAGCUGUCCAUAGACAAGUCCACAGAGACAGAUAAUGGCUAUGUGUCUCUGGAUGGGAGGAUAACCUGUAAGAGUAGUGAGGAGGGGCUACAGCUCCAUGAUGGAGGGUCUCACCACUGUGACCUGCUGCUGAGGUCAGACGAGACGUGUUGGGCCGCACCCCCUCCUCUCAACACACUGCUGCUGCCCCCCAUCACCAAGGUAAACAACAAGGAGACCCAGAGCCGUGGUGUGGGUGUGGAGAACAUGUCUGAUGAGGCGUCUAGUGAGGAGGAUCCUGAAGCGUCCUACACCGCCAUCCGUAGGGGCGUAGAGCGCGUCAGCAGCGACUGCACGCUGCGCAACAGGAAACCACAUCACUACAAGAAACACUACACCAUCAACACUGAGGUGGGUGACCUCCACACUACCCAGGAGACUCCUAAGUCCGGUACCAGCUGUAGUUCUCGGUGCUCCAGCCUGCGGACCCAGGACUCAGAGAGCACCAGACACGAGUCCGAGACAGAGGACCUGCUGUGGGAGGACUUCCUGCACUGUGCUGAGUGUCGCUCCUCGUGCACCAGCGAGACAGAGGGCGAGGGAGCUGCAGUCUGUCCUGCUACCAAGAAGGAGUACAGAGAUGACCCCUUUCACCAGUUGUGUCCUCUACAGGGUCAUACGUGGCUACACAGCACCAACCCAGGUCUGGAGCGGGUCAGUGCCAUCGUCUGGGAGGGGAACGACUGUAAGAAGGCUGACAUGUCUGUCCUGGAGAUCAGCGGUAUGAUCAUGAACAGGGUCAACCUGUACACCCCAGGUAUUGGCUACCAGGUCUUUGGUAACCUGGUGUCAGUGACUCUGGGCCUGACGCCCUUCGCCUAUAGGCUGUCUCAGUACAAGGACCUGGAACAGCUGACGCAGCUCUCAGCCUAUGAGCUCAUCUCUGUGGCGUUCGGCUCCUCCUCCGACGUCAUGGUGAUCACCAUGGUAACGCUCAGCUUCAUGGUGCGCGUCUGUCUCAUCUGGCUCUUCUUCUUCCUGCUCAGCGUGGCCGAGAGGACAUACAAACAGAGGCUGCUAUUCGCCAAGCUGUUUGGUCACCUGACGUCGGCACGGCGAGCCAGGAAGUCGGAGGUGCCUCACUUCCGUCUGAAGAAAGUCCAGAACAUUAAGAUGUGGCUCUCUCUGCGCUCAUAUCUCAAGAGAAGGGGUCCUCAGCGGUCGGUGGAUGUGAUCGUGUCCUCUGCCUUCCUCCUCACCCUCUCCGUAGUCUUCAUCUGCUGUGCUCAGUUGCUCCAUAUCCACCACACCUUCCUGGAGUGUCACUAUAACUGGGAGCUGGUGAUCUGGUGUUCCUCUCUGUCUCUCUUCCUGCUCCGCUUUGUUACCCUGGGCUCAGAGACCAGCAAGAAGUACAGCAACACCUCCAUCUUACUGACAGAACAGAUUAAUCUGUACCUGAAGAUGGAGAAGAAACCAAACAAGAAGGAGGAUUUGACAUUAGUCAACAACGUACUGAAGCUGGCCACCAAGCUGUUGAAGGAGUUGGAUGCUCCAUUCAGGCUGUAUGGUCUGACGAUGAACCCUCUGCUCUACAACAUCACCCAGGUGGUCAUCCUGUCUGCUGUGUCCGGGGUCAUCAGUGACCUACUGGGCUUCAACCUGAAGCUCUGGAAGAUCAAAUCAUGACAAUAAGCUGAUCAGGUCACAGCUGGCUCUGGAAGAUGUGAUACAUUCUCUCACCACAGGGGCGCUGUUGUCCUUUCGCUCACGGACUGACUGGGCUUCCCUGUAUCUAUGGUCUGACGGACAAACAGCCCCAUUCUCAGAGUACAUAACGGAGUGCUUACAUUUCACUUGUGCAUUUCAAGAUAUAUUUAUUUUACCCUUUCAGUAUUUUUUAUUUUUGUUGUUGUUGAAAAAGUUACAAAAUGUUAUUUUAAGCUAUACAGGUUUUGUGUUCUCAGAGGGACUGGAUCAAAACACAGCAAGAUGAUAAUUCAGUUAAAAAGGUAAAAGAGUUCCAUCCCUUCAGACUAGUAAGGACAAUGUGCAUUAUAAUGCAGCUGUUUAGUUGGUUGACUGUGACACACAAACGCAGUCAUUUCACUGUGAGAACUGCAACGAGUAGUAGUUUCUGAUCAUAGACGGACUGUAAUGAUAAUAAUGAUGUGUUUUACAGCCUACAUACACACACACACCGGUUGUACUUUAUGGUCAAUUCAAUGUAGAGGCUUUUUUUGUUGUUGCUUUUGACGACAACAACAGUACACCAAAGUUCAGAAUAGAUGAACAAUGUUUCUGUGUGUUUGGCGUUUCUAAUGAUAAGCUAAGUGACGGCUGUAGUGGAGAGAGAGAGGCAGGAUAAAACACAACACAUCACUCAAAUGAUUGGUGAGGAAAUAGGUGAGGUACUGUACUGGCUAGAUGGGAGGUACUGUACUGUACUGGCUAGAUGGGAGGUACUGUAUUGGCUAGAAUAUGUACUCUACUGGCUAGAUGGUAGGUACUGUAUUGGCUGGAUGGGAUGUACUGUACUGGCUAGAAGGGAGGUACUGUACUGUACUGGCUAGAUGGGAGGUACUGUAUUGGCUAGAAUAUGUACUCUACUGGCUAGAUGGUAGGUACUGUAUUGGCUGGAUGGGAUGUACUGUACUGGCUAGAAGGGAGGUACUGUACUGGCUAGAAGAAAGGUACUGUACUGGCUGGAUGGGAUGUACUGUACUGGCUAGAUGGGAGGUACUGUACUGGCUAGAUGGGAGGUACUGUAUUGUAUUGGUUAGAAGGGAUGUACUGUACUGGGUGGAUGGGAGGUACAGUACUGUACUGGGUGGAUGGGAGGUACUGUAUUGGCUAGAUGGGAGGUACUGUAUUGGCUAGAUGGGAUGUACUGUACUGGGUGGAUGGGAGGUACAGUACUGUACUGGGUGGAUGGGAGGUACAGUACUGUACUGGGUGGAUGGGAGGUACAGUACUGUACUGGGUGGAGGGGAGGUACAGUA